GCGUCGGCUCUUCACACGCGAGUUUGCUGCACGCGAUGGAGCAUGUGGCCGGUGGUUACGUGAGCGUACAGUAAACGUAUCCAUUUGUCAUUUUCAUCCUUUUCAGUUGUCUUUUUUUUGUUAUUGUUUGUCGUCUUCGUCAUGUCGUCUGAGGAAGACUCGACGCUGCUUUUCCUCGUCUUUCAACACCUGAAGACGAAAGGCUUGUUUGGCGCCGCGGAGCUGCUGGAGAAACAUGUCGUCAAGGUGGAGACAGCACAAGCAAGCGUUAACCUACAAGACAUCUACAGAGCGUGGAUGAAGCUGUGCUUUAUUUCCCACCAUGCCGAGCAGCUAGCUGAGGAUAAAUCAAUCAAAAUUAAACCUCAGGGGAGCACUGAUGAGACCCUCUCAGAAGAAUACAACAUGGAUACCAAAGCUUCAUUGGCCUCUGAGCAGACAAUGGAAGCCAACGGAAACGCUCACGACGACUCUCCUGAUGAUGACAAAGAAGAGGAAGAAGGAGACGAGGACAAUAAGCAGCCACGAGUCAUCAUGGUGGUCAAAAAGGUCAAAGGUGAAACCCCUGAGCCAGAGGACACACAUGCCAUCUCCCUCUUGCAGCCACAAGACAUCGCAGACUCCUCAGAGGUCAAAGGUGAAACCCCUGAGCCGGAGGAGGCAGAUGUCACUCAAACAGAGGCCACGCCCACCUCAGAUGACAGCACUGAGCUGAUGAAGGUGAAAGCUGCUGAAUUGAAACCUGAAGAAAACAAACAAAUUGUCCUGCAGGCCACGGCCACCUGCGCUCAGGAUACCAAUGACCAGCCAACACAGACCCCAUCUCCUGCAGGAGAGCAGCAAGACCUUGAGGAGCCAUCAGCAAAAAAGAAAGGCAAGAAGAGGAAGAAGCACGAUGAAGAAAAAUCCUCUGACGGUGAAGUCAAAAAGAAGAAAGUGGAAGACCUUCAGGAGGAAAAAGUGGACGACCUUCAGGAGGAAAAAGUGGACGAUGGGGUGUGUCCACUGGAGGAGGAAAAAGAGGAGACGAAGGUAAAGAAGAGGAAGAGGGGGAAGAAGAAGACAGGUGAGAGGAGCCAGGAGGUGCAGUGUGAUGCAGGACCAGCAGGAGGCGACACAGAGACGCCAAACAAAGAGGAAACGGAAGGAGAGCAGCAAGACCUCGAGGAGCCAUCAGAAAAAAAGAAAGGCAAGAAGAGGAAGAAGCACGAUAAAGAAAAAUCCUCUGAAGGUAAAGUCAAAAGGAAGAAAGUGGAAGAUGGAAAGGAGGAAAAAGUGGAUGAUGGGGUGCGUCCACUGGAGGAGGAAAAAGAGGAGACAAAGGGAAAGAAGAAGAAGAGGAGGAAGAAGAUGACAGGUGGUGCCGCUACUCAGUGCUCCUCCAGCAAGAAGACACGAUGGCGCAAGAAACCAAGUCUCAAGAAGAGGAUGAGGAUGAGCAUGAAAAGGAAGAAACUUCAGCUUGGCCAGAACAAGAAAGACGUUACAAAAGAUAUGCCUCAGCCAUCAAAAGCUUCGAAGUCAGAGGAAGAAGCACCAAAGAGCAAGAAGAAGUCAAUAAUAGAUGUCAAUGGCAAGAAAGACAAAAAAAAGAAGAGAGCAGCCAAUGAAGAGGAGAAGGAAGAUGAUGUUGGGAACCUUCAUUGUCUUCCUGUUGGACAUUUGUCUCCGCUGUCAGAGAAGAAGAAGAAGAAGAAGAAGAAGAAAGCUGCUGAAUAUGUUGAUACUCCCGUUCAUACCAAGACAUCAGCCAAGAAAAUAAAGAAGAAACUGAAGUACCAAAAGGAGGACAACUGACUUACUGUUGCUUCAUUCCAGUGAUGGUGGUGAUGAUCUUUGAGGACGACCACGUUGGACUUCCCAGACACGACCAACUGUUUUAUUGUAAAACUGUGACUAAAAGUACUCUGCUGCUAACUUCAAGUAUGUUAAUGCUUAUCUCUGUGAGGUUAACGUUAGAUUAGCUGUAAAUGUCAUGCUUUCUGUUGACACUUGUGUAGUUUGACACAUUUCAUGGGGACAAGUUGUAGCAGAUGGAUGGAUGGAUGGAUGUUUUCAAGAAAUAAACUCACUUAGCUGCUUUGAUCAAAUAUCAUUUGUUUCCAUUUUCCAUCGCUACAGGAACCACGUGUGUCUCACAUGUCCUGUAAUACACAAAUAAUUGAUAGAAUGGAAAAAGCAGCAACAGAUGGGAGACUGUGGAGUAGAACAGUCUACGCUAACAUUGGCACACAACGGAAACUGUCGCUUAUUAAGGGCUGUUGAUUUGGGAAACAAACUAUAUCUCUUGCUGAGAAUUGAUUAGAUUUUUAAAGCUUUCAGACUUAUUGAUUGCAGCUAAUAGAGAAUUGAACCCCUUGUUUUUUCCCUUGGCCUCAGUCUGGACCCCCUCUCAAGGGGCCCAGGCUUAGACGGAUUUUUUUUCUCCCCCCCCAUUGUCUACCUGUAUCUCACCUUUUUUGUAAGGGGCGCCGGAAGUUGGCAGACCAGUCAGCGAUCCUGUUCUGUCUCCCUGUAAUGUUUGUCAGAUCUUGAAUGGGAUUGUGCUGAAAAUUUUAAUUUCCCCUCAGAGAUUAAUGAAGUAUUUCUGAUUUCUGAUUCUGAUUCUAUUUUACACAAUUAUUGGGACUUGUCAGCACAUAACAGUUAAUAUCAAAAGGGGCUGUUUGCAACCUUCACACUUUGACCUUUCCAAAGUGUAUUGAGCAGUACAGCCUGCCCUUGUAUGCACACAAUGACACUCGCACAUUAGCUUUGUGUGUUGUUCACUAAUGAUAGUGAUUUAGCUAUCAUUGAAAGUAUAUUCUGUCAUAACAAGAAAAUUCUUAGUUGCCUCGCUGGGACUCUUCUUGUAUAUGUAGGUGCUCCCUGUGGGUACGAGCCUGAAGGCCAGAUUGAUUCCUCUAGCCAGCGAGCAAUUUUUAUUCAAAAUAAGUAGUAACUGUGAAAAAUAUACUUUUGAGAAAUGUGUUCUGUUAAACUACUAAUGCUACUAAUGUUGUUAAAGUCAUCUCACGGUGGGCUAAUUAAUGGCGAACAGCCCCUUUUAAUUGUAUGUAUUUUUUGGUCGGAUUUAAAUAUAUUUAUUUAAAAAAUAGGGCUGUCAAAAUUAACAAGUUAAUUCAUGUGAUUUAUCAUUUUAAAAAAUUAAAAUAAUUGUGCACACACUUAGAUUAUUCAUGCAGUUUAUUUUGACUUUACAAGCUAUUUGACCUUGACUGCUAUAAGGUCAGUGAUUAGUACAAAGAUGAGUGCAGAGACUCUGACAGGUGUGCUCGCUGGAUAAUUUCACUCCAAAAUACAGGCUGAAAGAACUUCAGAUAAAAUUGUUACCAAGUUUUGUGCGAAUAAACAUGCAUUUAAGGAAAACGUUUCAAAACGUUC